AUAUAAGGCUACUCACGCGAGGCUCGAAGGACAACGACACAGUGAGCAGAACGCUUCGAAAUGCCUCCGUAUCGCUAUCCUACCAACAACUUUACUUACGUCAGCUCCUGCGUUAAGUACAUGAUAUUUCUGCUCAACUUUAUAUUCUGGCUCUUCGGUGGAUUGCUAAUCGGUAUUGGAUUCUAUGCGUUCGUAGACAAAUGGCAAGCUACGGGGCUGAUCAAACUCGAAACGUUCUACGACAUCGUGCUAAACCUUUCGCUGGUCAUGAUCAUCGCAGGAGCCAUCGUGUUUGUGGUCAGUCUCGCUGGUUGCCUAGGUGCGCUACGAGAAAACACCUGCCUGCUAAAGUUCUACUCGCUCUGCCUGUUGAUCUUUUUCCUGUGCGAAAUGGCCAUCGCCAUUACGGCGUUCGUGUUUCCGCACAAGGUAAAUGCGGUGCUGGAGGAAUCGUUUACGGACAAAAUCAUUACCACCUAUCGAGACGAUCCGGAUCUGCAGAAUCUCAUCGACUUUGCCCAGCAAGAGUUCCACUGCUGUGGGCUUAGCAACGAGGGUUAUCUGGACUGGGGCAAGAACGAGUACUUCAACUGUUCCUCGCCGAGUGUGGAAAAGUGUGGCGUACCGUACAGUUGCUGUAUCAAUGCGACGGAUAUCAGUUCGGGGCUGGUAAACAUCAUGUGUGGCUACCACAUCCAGCAGCAAUCGGUUGCGGCGGCAAGUAAAAAGAUCUGGACCAACGGGUGCAUCGAAAUAGUGCGCGUGUGGGCCGAACGGAACUUGUACGUGAUUGCGGGCAUAGCGCUCGGGGCCGCCAUCAGUCAGCUUUUCGUCAUCUAUCUUGCCAAAACGCUCGAAGGCCAGAUAGACCUGCAGAAGAGUAGCUGGUCAUAGUGAAUUUACGUUGGGUGGGGAGGAGGCGGUCGUCCAGUAUGAGAUGAUGAUCGCAGCGCAGAAACGAAUGGAGCAGACAAAAAAAAGACAACAAAAAAACA